GGCCUAUAAAAGGCGGUGAGCUGCCUCUAAACCAGAUCAAACCAAACACAGUCUCAGACACAGCCACUGCAAAACAAUCAACACUGCGAUCCUACAAGCUCGUCCUACAGGAUGAAACCCAGAAGAUUACUCUUGUCUGUGGCUCCUCUACCGACAAUAACAGAGUCACGUGAGGACCUCUCGCAGUCCCUGGAGGAAUACAUGAACUCCAUCAAGGAACUUGCCCAGCCUGCUUGUGGUCCUUUGAGGAUAUCCAGGACUCAGAGACGUAAGCCCAUGGGGAAGCAAGCUGGUACUAUCUCAGCAUCACGCAGCACUUGCCGGGCUCUGCAGCCCCGCCGCGCUUCGCUGGGUCUGGACGAGGCCAUGCUGAGGUUCAACAGUCAGAUGGACCGGGGCUCUAAAGACCCACUGGACUGGCUGUUUGCACAGACACACUUACAGUCACAUGGAGAGGAUUUACGCAGGACAGACAGUGCACCUGCUGCUUUGUGGUUACUCUAAUGAGCCAAAGCCUAAUGUCACGUUGAUGAAAGGAAAACACUGAACGAGUGAUGGAUGAGCUCAAGAGGAUCUCAUGAACUGAACUUUUUAAUUUAUUGUCUGUAUAGAUUUUUUGUACAAAGAUGCUAAUGUUAAAUGUAAAGUCAUGGUUUUCUGUUAUGUU